CCGGACCUGAUUAAGAGCAUUCCAUCCGCUUUUUCAGAAGCCCGAGAAUCGUGGCUGCUGGACAGGAUCUUUAGUUUGCACGGAAGCCCAAGUAGUAAAGAAUGAGCGGAACCCUGGAGAAGGUGCUGGGGCUGCGGAACAAUACCAUUUCUAAGCAAGUCUUUUCCCUCUUAAGAUUCAGAUUUUUGGGAGAGAAUCCCAUUUAUUCUGCAGGUGGCAUUCUACUGAGUACCAGUCGGCACUACAGGUCAAAGCCCACUCAUGGCAUUGGAAGAUACAAACACUUAAUCAAAGUGCAAGAGCCCAGGAAGAAGAAAGCAAAAGUGGACAUAAGAGCCAUGAAUCUGGGGACAGAUUAUGAAUACGGGGUUUUAAAUAUCCACCUAACUGCCUAUGACAUGACUCAGGCAGAAAGUUAUGCUCAGUAUGUUCACAACCUCUGCAAUCAACUCUCCAUCCAAGUGGAGGAAAGUUAUGCGAUGCCCACCAAAACCAUGGAGGUGAUGCGGCUGCCAGACCAAGGCAGCAAAAUGAUCCUGGACUCAGUCCUUACCACACAUGAGAGAGUGGUUCAGAUCAGCGGUUUGAGUGCUACGUUUGCAGAGAUUUUCUUGGAAAUACUACAAAGCAAUCUUCCAGAAGGAGUCAGAUUGUCAGUGAGGGAGCACACUGAAGAAGACUUCAAGGGAAGGUUCAAAGCUCGGCCAGAACUGGAAGAGUUGUUAGCCAAGUUGAACUAGUUACUGCAAGUCCUUCCAUGUCAUCAUUGGUGGUAUUGAGUCUCAAAGAGAAGCACUUCCUGGGUGGUCAGAGUUAAAUAAGAAUGCUUACACCAGGAACGCCUCCGUGUGUGUGGCAUGGCUAUGCUUGCCAGUUGGUAUCACUUACCUGAGAGAUAACCCAGGAGAUUCUGCAUCUAAUAAAAAUCUACUGCUGUUGCUA